AUGCUCGUUCAAGAACUGAAAACGUUGCGAGAGGGCAUUCUCCCUCUAGAAUUGGAGCCACUACGAGCUGCCGUCCGUGGAGACGCAGUUCCUGAAGAAUUCCCGCAUGAGUUGGUUUACAAGUGUCUGAUCGCAGGCAUUCGAUAUCACGAUGGCUUCGCUAUUGAACUUCGUGAUACUUUGCGACAGCUCUUGAAGGCCCAUCCUACACUCUUCAUGCGCUACAAGAUCGGCCGAGCGUGUGCUGCUGGCGGAUACGAGGAGCUUUACAAAGAGCUAGAUCUUCUUCCUGAUGUCGCCAUGGCGGAGGAAGCCCGCGAUAGUUUACCUGCCUCUCAAGACGAUUACUGCGAUAAGGUUAUAG